AUGUCACCUGCACUCUCCCUAUCUCUCUCCCUCUCUCCAGUCUGCAACGCCCAGGAAGUUUCUAAGGACACCCACCUCCUAAAAAACACUAGCAGAGAAACCCCAUGUCACAAAUCUCAGCCAAACUUGAAAUCCUCUAGAAGAUCACUAUUGAAUGCUGCCUCUCUUGGCUUUAUAGUGCCUGGAACCCUCAUGUCUAACUCCGCAAGAGCUGAGCCUGAGCCAGAGAGCCCGAAUGCAUCAACUUCAAGCAGACUGUCAUACUCCAGAUUCUUGCAGUACUUGGAUGAAGGUGCUGUGAGGAAGGUAGACCUGUUUGAGAAUGGAACCGUCGCGAUCGCCGAGAUCUUCAAUCCCACAUUAGAGAAGCUCCAGAGAGUCAGAGUUCAGCUACCUGGAUUGCCACAAGAGUUGCUGAGGAAACUAAAAGAGAAGAACAUAGAUUUUGCUGCUCAUCCAAAGGAAGUGGAUUGGUGGCCUGCAGUACUAGACUUGUUGGGUAAUUUUGCUUUUCCACUGUUACUUCUUGGGUCAUUGCUCUUGAGGAGUUCAUCAUCAAACAUGCCAGGAGGCCCCAACUUGCCUUUUGGACUUGGGAGGAGCAAGGCCAAAUUUCAAAUGGAACCCAAUACAGGGGUAACAUUUGAUGAUGUGGCUGGAGUUGAUGAAGCAAAGCAAGAUUUCCAAGAGAUAGUUGAAUUUCUGAGAACUCCAGAGAAGUUUGCUGCAGUAGGUGCAAGAAUUCCUAAAGGGGUACUUUUAGUAGGGCCGCCGGGGACCGGAAAGACACUGCUGGCCAAGGCCAUUGCAGGAGAGGCAGGGGUGCCUUUCUUUUCUCUGUCAGGGUCGGAGUUCAUUGAGAUGUUUGUAGGAGUAGGAGCUUCUAGAGUAAGAGACUUGUUCAACAAGGCGAAAGAUAAUUCGCCGUGCUUGGUUUUCAUUGAUGAGAUUGAUGCUGUUGGGAGGCAAAGAGGGACAGGAAUCGGUGGAGGAAAUGAUGAGAGGGAGCAGACAUUGAAUCAGCUUCUUACUGAAAUGGAUGGAUUUAGUGGGAACAGUGGAGUAAUUGUUAUUGCUGCUACUAACCGCCCUGAAAUUCUUGAUUCUGCUUUGCUUAGGCCCGGGAGGUUUGACAGACAAGUCUCAGUUGGAUUGCCAGAUAUUAGGGGAAGAGAGGAGAUAUUAAAGGUGCAUAGUAACAACAAGAAGCUUGAUAAGAGUGUUUCUAUUGAUAUUAUUGCUAUGAGAACUCCUGGAUUCAGCGGUGCAGAUCUCGCAAACCUCAUGAAUGAAGCUGCGAUUCUUGCUGGUAGGAGAGGCAAAGAUAAGAUAACAGCAAAAGAAAUAGAUGACUCGAUUGAUCGGAUUGUUGCAGGGAUGGAAGGAACAAAAAUGACUGAUGGAAAGAGCAAGACUCUUGUGGCUUACCAUGAAGUUGGCCACGCUAUUUGUGCAACAUUGACUCCGGGCCAUGAUCCAGUGCAGAAAGUCUCUCUUAUUCCCCGAGGCCAAGCUCGCGGUCUUACAUGGUUCUUACCAGGUGAAGAUCCUGCUCUCAUUUCUAAGCAACAACUGUUUGCUAGAAUAGUUGGAGGUCUAGGAGGUAGAGCAGCAGAAGAAAUAAUUUUUGGGGAGCCAGAAAUAACAACUGGUGCAGCAGGAGACUUGCAACAGGUCACACAAAUAGCAAAACAGAUGGUAACAAUGUAUGGUAUGUCCGAGAUUGGACCAUGGGCAUUGACAGACCCAGCAGCACAAAGCAAUGACUUAGUGUUGAGGAUGCUAGCAAGGAACACCAUGUCCGAAAAACUUGCAGAGGAUAUUGACUUGUCAGUGAGACGCAUAAUCGAAAGUGCAUAUGAGGUUGCGAAGAAUCAUAUAAGGAAUAACCGGGCAGCCAUGGAUCAAUUAGUAGAUGUGCUAUUAGAAAAGGAGAUACUCACUGGAGAUGAGUUCAGGGCAAUUCUGUCUGAAUUUACUGAUACUUCUUUGGUAGAGAAGCAACAAUGUCUCUCCCUCCUCAGCCUCUGCCUCUCCUUCAAACCCUUCUCUCAAAUCCACGCCCAAAUCCAUCUCUCCGGCCUCCACAGAGACCCCUACCUCCUCACCCAGCUCAUCAAAUUCUGCGCUCUCUCUCCCGCCAAAAACUUCACCUACGCUCAAACCCUCCUCCGCCACUCCUCCGCCUCGCCGCCGUCGUCCUGGAACUUCCUCAUCCGAGGCUACGCGUCCAGUGACUCCCCCAGAGAGGCAUUCUUGGCCUUUCGCUCAAUGCUCCGCCGCGAAACUAGACCCAACAAGCUCACAUUCCCUUUCCUUCUCAAGUGCUGCGCGAUGGCCCCGGCGCUGAGGGAAGGGAGGCAGGCUCAUGGUUGUGUUUGGAAGUUGGGUUUGGAGUGUGAUGUGUACGUUGGGAACAAUUUGGUUCAUUUCUAUGGGGUUUGCAAGAAAGUCAAAGAUGCAGUCAAGGUGUUUGAGGAAAUGUCUGACAGAAGCGUUGUGUCGUGGAACGCGGUGGUGACCGCCUGCGUUGAUAAUUUGCGGAUGGAUGAUGGGAUUGGGUAUUUUUUGAGGAUGAGGGAGUGUGGGUUUGAGCCGGACGAGACUACUAUGGUGGUGGUGUUGAAUGCGUGCUCCGAGAUUGGGAACUUGGGGUUAGGAAGAGGGGUUCAUUCCUAUGUAAUUGCGAGAGGGUUGGUUUUGAAUUGUCAGCUGGGUACUGCGCUUGUGGACAUGUAUGCGAAAUCGGGGGCUUUGGGAUAUGCCAGGUUGGUUUUUGAUAGAAUGGAGGGGAGGAAUGUGUGGACUUGGAGUGCGAUGAUUCUAGGCCUAGCUCAGCAUGGGUUUGCCAAGGAAGCGCUUGAGCUUUUCCAAAAGAUGCUGAAGUCUUCGAUAUGCCCGAAUUAUGUCACCUUUCUCGGGGUCCUAUGUGCUUGUAGCCAUGCUGGACUGGUGGAUGAUGGAUACCGGUACUUUCAUGAUAUGGAACACGUUUAUGGAAUUACACCCAUGAUGGUACAUUACGGUGCCAUGGUGGAUAUCUUAGGGCGUUCUGGCCGUCUGAAGGAGGCUUAUAGCUUCAUGAAGAGCAUGCCCUUUGAACCUGAUCCCAUUGUAUGCAGAACAUUGCUCAGUGCAUGCAGUACUCAUGAUGUUAAUGACGAACUAGGGGUAGGAAAUAAAGUUAGAGAGAAAUUGCUUGAAUUGGAGCCGAGUAGGAGUGGGAAUUUUGUGAUGGUGGCAAAUUUUUUAGCUGAAACUGGGAUGUGGGACAAAGCAGCCAAUUUGAGGAAGGUUAUGAAAGAAAAACGGAUGAAGAAGAGGGCAGGGGAGAGUAGCAUUGAGUUGGGUGGAUCCAUCCAUAAGUUCUUUUCUGGCUCUAGUUCUCAAUCUGACUAUGAGGAUAUCUACCAGAUGCUAGAUGUAUUGAGCUUGCACAUGAAGUUGGUUGACAUGUAG